UAAGCAAAUAAUCGCGUUAUCUGGGAUGAGCUGUAUAUCAUGUUUGGAAGAUGCUACAUCUGUAGUACAAUUUAUAGAGAUAUUUUCCGAGGAAGGCCUCCAGUUGAACAUCUGCGAUAUAAUAUCACAACAUCUCUGGUUAAGACCGGAGAGGAAGACAUGCGAUGGUCAACGCAUUUGUUGGACAUGCUGGGAGGCUUUGCGCGACUUCCAUGUAUUUUAUUUACGUGUAGCUGAGUUGCACAACCACUGGGAUUGGAAAUAUUCACAUGGGAAGGAAGCGGAGCCUUGUGCACAGGAAAUCGAAUUAAAACCCGAAAUUGUUCAUAUGGCCGAUGCUCUUGAAAAUUUAGAAGAAAGAUUUGUGGAUUCAGAAAUAAAAGUAGAGACACAGGAUAUAGAUUCGCUGUUGCAAAUUGAAUUCAUCGAUGAACCUAGACCAAAAGAUAAAAAUGUUAAAUUGGGGAAACGACGGGGACGCCCACGCAAAAUCGGAAAUGCAGCCGUAACCAAAGCCAACAAAAUAUAUGUGGAUCAAAUACCGGUUGCAAAUGAUAAUGACUCCGAAACUGAGCUACCUUUAUCUGUUUUGUUGAAGGGUGUUGGCAAAACUGAAGCUAUUGAAAAUAAAUACUCUAUUGUUAUAACACCUGAUAAUGAGAAACUGAAAUCUGAAAAGCAUAAUCUACCUACUGGGGAUCAACCUCCAAAAAAACGUCGGGGCCGACCGAGAAAAGUAGUUAUUGAAGAGUCUAUGAAACCGUGCGAAUCCGUCGAAAAUUCUGGCAAAGAACAUACUAAAGGCAAUGUUCAAAAUAACGAAGCAAAUGAUCAAAAUCAGGAAUUCUCUAUUAAUAAUGACGACCAUGAAAAUUACAAUGUUGAAUUUGAGCCUAUUGAUUUGGCUGGAACCGCAGAUAGCGGUAGUUCAAGUAGUUAUAACACAGAUUCGGAUGAAAGUUUUGAACCAAAACGGAAAUAUGCUAUCAUUCCGAAAAGAAAGGUUGUCAAGCCCAAAAAAUACCGUAAGCGACCGAAGCCUCUUAUACCUCCCAAACGCAUGACCCGUGAAGAAAUUGAAGCAAAAAAUGCACAACAAGAAGAGUAUGAAAUAGUUAUUAAAACAUUUUUAAAACUACUUUCAUGUCCAAAAUGCGAGUUGCUGGUAAAAAAUUUUGCCGAAAUUCGUGCGCAUUUUCGAGCUUCUCAUAACGAUGAACCGUCAUUUUUGAUGUGUUGUGGACGCAAAUUUUUUACAAGAAAGACCCUGGCCGAGCACAUUUAUAUACAUGGGAAUCCAGAAUAUUUCAAAUGCAAAACUUGUGGACAAAUUUUUAAUAAUAGUCGCAGUCUACAGGAACAUGAAGAUGCGCACGUUAAUCCAUUAAAGGCAAAGGAAACAAAAACAUUCCCAUGUGAAAAAUGUGAAAAAGUCUACUCGUCAAAUGUAUCUCUUGAGAACCACAUCUUCUCAAAGCAUGUUCCAAAAUCAGAAUAUAAAAUCAAUUGCACGCAAUGUACUCGUAUCAAAAAAUUUCCAACUCACCGUGCACUGAAAGAUCACAUAAAAAAAUCCCACGGUGCCACAGUCAUAUGCGACAAAUGUGGUAAGCUGGUGCGUGUAAGUUAUUUGAAGAAACACCACAUGUUAGAACAUUCUGAUGAACCGCGACCAACUCCUGAACCGAAGCAGUGCCAAAUAUGCGGAGCAUGGCUUCGUCAUCAAUAUGGCCUUAACCAGCAUAUGAGGACAAUACAUGAAAACCAAGACUGCGAGCAUCGUUGUAAGAUUUGCAAUAAGGUUUCGACAACCGCUCGGGCUCUUAAGCGUCACAUUCAUCACAAUCAUGAAUGUGAGCGUAAAUUCAAAUGUACCAUGUGUGAAAAAGCUUUUAAGCGACCUCAAGACCUUAGGGAGCAUACCUCUGUGCACACUGGCAAAGUGUUAUACGUUUGUCCGAACUGUUCAAUGACGUUCUUCUCAAGCGCCAAUAUGUAUAAACAUAGGCAACGACGGCAUCGUCUCGAAUGGGAAGCUGAACGUAAGAAUCGUAAUAUGCGAACUUUUAAUAUCAUGAAAGAGUCAAAGGAGCAAGCAGAAGGAAAACAAAAGGUGCCAACUUCUAAUUUCAACAACAUCAUCUAGAGAUAGUUAGUUACUAUUAAUGGUAAAUUACGUAUAUAUUUAAACAAAAAAUCCAUAUGUAUACGGGUAUGUAUGUAUGAAUGUCGGUGGGUAUAAAAAUU